GUGGAACUAACGCGGAUUAUUUGGGAGCGCUCAGUCGAUCUGGCGCGGUUGUGUGCGCACGUCCGCCGACGCAAAGUGGCGCGCCAGAGAGCGCAGCCGCAGCAGCACUGGCGCAGACGGACACAGCAGCAGCCAUGGCAGACGAGAAACCCAAGGAGGGAGUGAAGACGGAGAACAAUGAGCACAUCAACCUGAAGGUGGCGGGACAGGACGGCUCGGUGGUGCAGUUCAAGAUCAAAAGGCACACUCCUCUCAGCAAACUAAUGAAAGCCUAUUGUGAACGACAGGGGCUGUCAAUGAGGCAAAUACGAUUUCGAUUUGAUGGCCAGCCCAUCAACGAAACAGACACACCCUCGCAGCUAGAAAUGGAGGAUGAAGAUACGAUUGAUGUGUUCCAACAGCAAACCGGAGGCUCUAUUCUUUAAAGACUGUUUCCUACAAACAUCCCUACCUCCCCUUUUCAUCCCUGAAAAUGUUUGUUAUGCCCAGUCUUCAAAUGCUCGUGACCAGUGUUGAUACCAUCCAGUGGAAUACUUUUUUUCAAAAUUGCUGGAAGACAGCAGCACAUUUGGUGUAGAUAGGUUUUCUCACGCUGUCAAUCACAUGUCAACGUUUGUGAACUGCGCAAUGUAGACAAAUUGUAAGUUGCAGUAUGUCUACUGUGCAGAAGAAGUUAAAAGCUUUUUUUUUUGUAGGAAGUUUUGGAAAAAUAAAUUCUUGGUCCUUGUUUUUGUUUUUAUACUUAUGUCAUUGAGGUUUUGAUUCAGAUGGAAUUUUGUUAUGUCAAGUAAGCCUGCAUUUUAAAUUCACUGACAUCUGUUAUGAAAAUGUAGUAUUGGAAUAAAGUGCGUUUUUUUUUUUAAA